AUGCCGUGGCCUCUACCUCAUAUCCCGUAUCCACGGGCGAAGCCUGGCUUCUGGAGUCCCGUUACUUCCACUUUAAACUGGUGUGAAGAGGACUACUAUGUUACUGUCUACUCUGCCGAGAUCGUCAACACUCUCACAAACCUCUUGUUUAUGUGGCUAGGUGUUAAGGGCCUUCUCAGCUGUCGCCGCAAUCAACAUGACCAGAUCUUCUCGGUCGCCCUAUGGGGAUAUCUGGUUGUCGGCACUGGAAGCUUCCUCUUCCACUCUACCCUCAAAUAUCCCAUGCAGCUAGUAGAUGAGCUGUCUAUGAUUUACACCACCUGUCUGAUGGCCUACGCUUCUUUUUCCUACCGACGCUCGGUGGCUUUACGCGUAUCCCUCGCCGUAUUCCUCACCAGUCUAGCCGUCUUCAUCACCCUCUACUACCACUACCUCCAAGACCCAGUAUUCCACCAAAAUGCCUACGCGCUCCUCACCUUCGUCGUUGUUUUCCGCAGCAUGCACACUAUGGAGACCACCCUGCGUCCGAAAUGGCGCCACUCGCGCGAGGAGGAUCGUCUAGAACGCCAGAAGAAGGGCCUACCGGUCCCUUCGAAAGAACACCAGAACUACGAGAACGUGCGCGAUUUGAAGACUCUCAAGACCAUGUGGCUCAUGGUUGGCUAUGGACUUAGUAUGUUCCUGGGUGGAUUCUUCAUUUGGAACCUAGACAACGAGUUCUGUCCCCAGAUCCGCCGGUGGCGCCACUUGGUGGGUUUACCGUGGGGUAUAUUCUUGGAGGGACAUGGUUGGUGGCACAUCAUGACCGGUAUCGGUGCAUACAUGUACAUCGUCUGGGGCAUCUGGCUGCGACAUUGCCUUAACAACAAACAAGACGAAUAUCAUCUGCGCUGGGCGCGGGUCUGGCACAUCCCUGAAGUGAUUCGCACCACCCCGAUAUCCGAAAACGGGGUGGCUCAAGCUAAAAAGUCCACCUGA